AUGACCUGCAGAAAACGUCUGGAAGUCCGCACAGACAAGUUGGAGAACAAAAUAGACGACAUCAUAGACUUACACAAUUCCUUUGAUAACCAUCUUAGUGUGGCGAAGGAAGUGGCAGUGCUACAACUCAAGCUAGCGGACAUCGAAGACCGCUCACGCCACAACAAUGUCGGAAUAAGGGUGAUACUGGAUACAGUACCGGCCGCAGACUUGGAAGACUAUUUCAAGGUCUACCUUUCCAGCAUCCUGCAGGACCUGCCGGCCUCGGAGAUUGUCAUUGAUCGGAUUCCCAGGCUCUCUAAAGGCCGCAAUGUGCCCCAGAGCACACCGAAAGAUGAUAUCGCAAGCAUACACUUUUACCACCUCAAAACGCAAAUCUUGUCAGCAUGCAUAUCUCAACGAAGUGUACAGGACAUGUACAAAGCAAUCCAGUUGUUUCCUGAUUUGUUUGUUUUCACCAUGAAUAAACGCUAA